GUAAAGGGGAUGGGAAGAGAUGGGUUUUCCCACAUGAAAGAGGCAGCGUCCAUAGUUUCAGUGUGAAGCAACUGUUUGCAGCAGGUUAACAUUUAAGAACUCCUCAUUAAAGAAUUUGGUGACUUGUGAAAAAUCCUCCUUCAGAUGUCUGGCACUGCAAGGCACGACCGGGAGAUGGCGAUCCAGGCCAAGAAAAGGCUUACUACAGCCACAGACCCCAUUGAAAGACUUCGGCUCCAGUGCUUAGCCAGGGGCUCAGCUGGUAUCAAGGGUCUUGGAAGAGUAUUUCGGAUAAUGGAUGAUGAUAACAGCCGAACCAUUGACUUCAAAGAGUUCAUGAAAGGGUUAAAUGAUUAUGCUGUGGUGAUGGAAAAAGAAGAAGCUCAAGAACUCUUCAGUCGAUUUGAUAAAGAUGGAAAUGGGAAAAUAGAUUUUAAUGAAUUUCUUCUCACAUUAAGGCCCCCAAUGUCCAGAGCCAGGAAGGAGGUCAUUAUGCAGGCCUUCCGGAAGUUAGACAAGACAGGUGAUGGAGUGAUAACAAUUGAGGAUUUACGUGGGGUGUAUAAUGUCAAACACCAUCCAAAGUACCAGAAUGGAGAAUGGACAGAGGAGCAAGUUUUCAGAAAAUUUCUGGAUAACUUUGAUUCACCCUAUGACAAGGAUGGAUUGGUUACGCCAGAGGAAUUUAUGAACUACUAUGCGGGAGUGAGCGCAUCGAUAGACACCGAUAUCUAUUUCAUCAUCAUGAUGACAACUGCAUGGAAACUCUAAAUGUUUCCCUAGAAGACUUUUUGGACUAUUAUGCUGGGGUUAGUGCUUCCAUCGACAGUGAUGCAUACUUUAUCCUUAUCAUGCGCAAGACCUGGAGAUUGUGACUUUUUGGUUCUUGCUUCUUACUGGAAUCAAAGACUGUCCACGGGAUGAUUUUUGAAAGGAUUUCAAUUUAAUUAAUUCUGACAAUGAUUAUGUAUGUGAACUUCUGAAUGAUUUGCCUUUUUUUGUCCUAAGCAGACAUUGGCUUAAUUUACCUUAAGGAAGUUAUGUAACUGCUAUUAUUUCCUCACAAAUAACCAAAAAAACUUAUUCUAAUCAUCAAGAGAGAAAGAACAGAGGCAUGGACUUGGCUAAUGUUCAAAUAAAAGAACCACAUUUUAAGCAGCCUUUAAAAAUUAAGACUAUAUCUGUUACCCUAUAUGGGUCUUCUUUUCCCAUCAGGAAUCAGCAUGAACUGGGGAAAAUAAUGUAUGUUUCAUAAAUUACUCUAAACUUACUGUGUGUUUCUUAGUGUAUCCCUUGAAAAUAGUUUCCAAACAACUUGAAGACAUACUUCAUCCUAGGAUUAUUCAAAACCAAAACCAAAACCUAACAUCUAUAUUCAGACUUUAAAUCAUGGUCUCAAAUGCACACACAAGGGUUUUACAUGGGGACUUAGACACAAAUAUAUGCGCUUGGAUGGACCAGGUAAGUAAGGAAAAGUGAGGAGGUACUAGCUCCUUUAGGUGCAUUUCCAUAAAUUCAUCCAGCAAGAGAUGGA